AUGGAUGAGAUGAUUAAUGAUAUUUUCAGAGAGGUUAUAGGAGGUUCAAGCUCCGAAGCAGAAGAACUUCGAAAUGGUCCUGAUGAGAGUGCUAAAAAGUUUUAUAAAUUGUUAGAGGAUGCACGAGAAGAAUUAUAUCCAGGCUGUAAGGAUUUUUCUGUGCUUUCAUACACAGUGCGACUCUAUCUACUUAAAUGCCUUAACGGGUGGAGCAAUUCUUCUUUCGAUGGGUUGAUGAAGCUUCAAUGUGUUGCCUUUCCAUUUGCAAAGCUUCCCACUUCUUUUCAUCAUGUUAAAAAAAUGGUGAAGAACCUUGGACUUAAUUACAAACGAAUUGAUGUGUAUCCUAAUGAUUGUAUGUUGUAUUGGAAAGAACGUGCAAAUGACAAGUCUUGCCAUGUUUGUAAAGCUUCUAGGUGGAAGUUAAAUGAGAAGCAAAAAGAGGAAGAUGCAUUGCCUGACGAAGGAGUUCCUGCAAAAGUUCUGCGUUACUUUCCUCUUAAACCUCGUCUACAAAGGUUGUUCAUGUGCUCUAAGACGGCUGAACUCAUGACAUGGCAUGAAACUGAUCGCAAGAAAGAUGACAAAUUAAGGCAUCCUGCUGAUGGACAAGCUUGGAAAGAUUUCGAUGUUGCACAUCCUCAAUUUGCAAGUGAUUUUCGAAAUGUAAGGCUGGGUCUUACCACUGAUGGUUAUAACCCAUUCAGAACUAUGAGUGUGUCAUAUAGUAUUUGGCUUGUUGUUUUAUCCAUUUAUAAUUUGCCUCCUUGGUUAUAUAAUAAGUCCGAGUACAAUAUCAUUUCUUUGAUUGUACCUGGUCCUUCUUCUCCAGGCUAUGACAUUGAUGUUUACUUGCAACCAUUAAUCGAGGAAUUGAAGGAGUUAUGGGAAGUAGGAGUUGACACAUAUGAUGCUGUGAAAGAUGAAACAUUUUCUUUAAAGGCAGCCUUGUUAUGGACAAUCAGUGACUUCCCUGCUUAUGCAAUGUUGUCCGGAUGGAGCACCAAAGGAGAAUUUGCCUGCCCGAAUUGCAAUCAUAAGACUUGGUCCAAAUACCUGAAGUAUAGCAAUAAAAUGUGUUACAUGGGACAUCGUAGCUCUUUGAAAGAAAAUCAUCCAUGGCGUCGUAAUAAGAGAGCUUUUGAUGGUAAUGUAGAGACAAGGCCUCCUCCUCCUGCUAGAUUCUCAGUUUGGGAAAACUCAAAAGAAGGGCAGAAAGAAAUUUCCUUGGAAGAAGAAAUCAAUUUUCUUUGA